CUCCUUAGCUGCUCACAUCUGGAUAGCCUGGUGAUCCAGGAUUCCACUGCAAUGAUCUGGUGGAGGGACAAUUUCUGGAUCAUCUUAGCUGGGGCCAUGGUCGUUGUCUCCUCCGUCCUGGGCCUCAUCCUGUACUGUGUCUGUAGGUGGCAGCUUAGACAAGGCAAGAAAUGGGAAAUUGCCAAGCCCUUGAAACAAAACCAAGGAGAUGAAGAAAAGAUGUAUGAAAAUGUUCUUAACCAGUCGCCAGUUCUGUUACCCCCUCUGCCACCCAGGGGUUCACUGUCUCCAGGAGACACCACCCCACAGGAGUCCCCAAGUCAGCCACCAGUCAAAUACUCAUCAGUGAAUAAAGGCAAAAACAAGAAGACCUUUGCUAUCCCUGGCUACAUUGAACCUGAAGAUGACUAUGAUGAUGUGGAAAUCCCUGCAAAUACUGGAAGCCAGAAUUCUAAAAUAACCACUUCUUCUUUUUGGCAAGCUGAAGAGGGCUCACACAAUUUAUUUUAAAGACAGUCAAGAAUGGUUGAACUCUGUUAACUCUCCAGGUCCUGAAAGCCAGUGGUAACUUCGCAUAGCUCUAUAAGAUAGGCACUUCCUGAACCUUGAAUUAGGUGCCUAAGCAAGUGGACAACCACAGCCAGAGGAUGGACUCCGGCCCAUCCCUCAGCUUCUGUCCACAAAGUUCCCAUGGGCUCCAUGCUCACA